UAAUGGAGUCCCACCUCCAGUCAAUCCACAACCUUACCGUGAAAGGAAGCCAGGAGCAGGAUUAUGGCUUCGUGAAAACCAUUUGUCAAGUUGCCAGCAGGUUCAGAGUUAAGCAUCUGACUGUAAGUAUCAAUCGGAUGUAUAACAUUUCCAAUGAAAUAAUUGCAAAGUGUGUUCAGCUGGAGAGUUUAGACGUUCAUAGUUGUGGAAUAACCAGCUCAGAGUCUGGAUUUCUGUAUACAAUGAAAAAGCUCAUACGUUUGGAGAUGCAAGGCAACGAUUUAAAAGUAAUUAACAUCUGCCCUGAAAACAAGACAUUUACUGCUCAGUUGACUUAUUUGGACCUCUCCUCUAAUUCUAUAUAUGAACUUAAGUCAGGACAAUUUUCUUGUAUGACUUAUCUGCGCUACCUCCGCCUUAGAAGCAACGAAAUGGAAACCAUAGAGGAGUCCGCCUUUCAGGGUUUGGAACAACUGAUAGAGCUGGACCUAACUGACAACAGAAUUCAGAUGAUCGAGAAAAAACAGCUCAAACAUAUGAAGGUUUUAUCGUCCCUCUUCUUGCGCGGGAAUAACAUCAAAGUAAUCAGCCCGGGGGCUUUGAAAGACCUGCCUUUACACACACUUUCCCUGACUGUUAUAGAGAAUGGUCGUCAUAUCACCCUUUUAGAUUUUCCUGCUGGAGUCAGGACUUUAUAUCUGGAGACGAAGGGUGACUUAGACGCGAUUGUUAGUAAUGCCUCUCACUUGACCUCCUUAGAGAACUUGUACCUUUAUGGGAGCGGCAUUUUGUUUUGGUUUGAAGACUGCGCGUCUGCACCGAUGGCGACUACACUAAAAGAGCUCCAUCUUAAAACUGCCAACCCUUUCUGCUCUGAUAAACGAUUCGACGCGUUUGUUAAUCUUGAGAUACUGUAUUUACAGAAUCAAGCCAGCACUUACACGCUACUUCCACUUAACAUUCAGACACUGAAGGUGCUGUACUUAGAAGACGUAAUUGGAACAAUAGAUGUCCUCCCUGAACAGACACAACUACUUUUUAGAAACUUGACACUCCUGAGGUGUUUAAUUCUGAAGAAUUCUGGCAUCGUGCACUUUACUGCUGCAAUGUUUCAGGAUCUUGUGUCCCUUGAAGUAUUUGUGGUUCAGCGUCAGAAUAUUUUGAUUCUAGAAUCCGAGUUGUUCCAAACUGCCAUUAGCUUAAAUUUAAUUUUAUUCCAGGGAUGUGUUCUACAGUGUGACUGCCACAAUGAUUGGAUAAUACGUUGGGCUGCAACCAGAAGGAAAAUGUUAUUAAAACUUGGUCAUGUAAAAUGCUUAAGACUACAUCUCCAUGAACAUAGUAAUUUUGUUAAAUUUCUGGAGGAUGUGUGUGAAUAUUCCUACGAAUUUAUGUUUUUUACUGUAACAAUUGCAUUCCUAUUACUGUUUUUGGUUUUCACGAUUGUUUACCUUAAAGCUGGUUGGUUCAUUAUAUAUCUACUUUAUAGUCUUCGUAUGCACUUGUCAAGAUUAACAGGCAAGGCAUCGUACAAAACGCAAUACAUUUAUGAUGUGUUUGUGUCAUACAGCAGUAAGGAUGAACGGUGGGUUGUCACGGAGCUUCUUCCAAACUUGGAACAUAAGGGACCACCUUUCCUCAAGGUGUGUCUGCAUAACAGAGACUUUGAGGUGGGGAAGGACAUUUUAGAUAACAUUGUAGACAGUAUCAAUAGCAGCAGGAAAACAAUCUGUGUGAUCACCCGUCACUACCUACGGAGUGAAUGGUGCUCCCUGGAGAUGAGAAUGGCCACUUAUAGGCUCCUAGCAGAAAGCCAAGAUCUUCUCAUGCUGGUGUUCUUGGAGAGAAUCUUCUCCCAUGAGAUUUCAGCCUUUCACAGGCUGGCAAGGAUGACCAAGAAGAAGACCUACAUUGACUGGCCAGAAGGGGAAAAUGAAAAACAGAUGUUCUGGGGAAGGCUGAAAAGGACCCUCAUGGAAGCAAAAAAUCAUGACCACUCAAUUCACAUUUAAAUUUUUCGGUUCAUCUACUAUAGAUUUGCGCCUAAUGUGAACGUUUAAUUUGUCAAUGGGUCAAGCAAUUACACACACUUCUGCAAAUGGACAAGCUCUCUGCUUUUUCAUAGACAUUGCACGUGAAAAGAAUAUCAUUCUCACGGGUGUUUGAUACCUUUCUUACAGAGAGAGAGCAGAAAAUUGUGUGGUUUUACCUGCCGCUAGUAUCCCUACCAAACCACUUAAACAGUUAAAUUGGUACUUUAUACCAUUGGGCCUCCGCAGUGUUCUGUAUACUGCAACAGCUACUUUCCCCUUCUCCUUGUUCAUGUAUUUGUGUAUUUUUAAUCAGACACAGCCCAUUAAUCAGACAUGUUUCUUGUCAGAGAUGACCUAAGAGUUUUAGCAUGGUUGAAGGUUUUAUGCAAAUUGACAGGUAAAAACUGAUGGAAACUACCCCAUAUCUACAAGACGAAGAUUACUGCUAUUUCACGGACUUUUGCCCUAAUCUACUAUUACACUAAAAUAAAAACUAUUCUCAAAUAUCUGCAUUCUCAAUACAGACAGAACUGAUGCUGAUGUACCAGUAUAUUAAGAGGGCACUACUAGACAGAGGACCCCCAUGCUGACCAGAAUCAGCAGUUUAGUAUGAAAAAAUUCUAUUUAUAAGGGACACAUACACUGCAGUACCUAGUAGCUGUUAGCAUCACUCUGCAUGUUUUGAUGUUCUAGUGCUUGGCAAAUAUAGCUGUUUCGCAAUCAGCCAUAUAAUAACCAGCAGCAAGUACUUAAAGUUGCAAUCUAUUUCAUUAAGAUAAUUAGAUUAUAAUGUUAAAAUAGUAAUAUUAAGAAACAUUUUUGGUAUGUUUUCUAAUGAAGGACUUAUUUGUUUUAUAUAGUGGAUGAAGUGGUAUUACUAACUCUAUAAAAAGAUCCAUUGUAGUUGUCUUGUUUAUGUGGGCUAGUCAAAUUAUUUGUGACAUAAUGCUCUACUCAGACUUAUGGCAUAAACACAUCAGAUAUUACAGUCUAACUUUAGUUUAAAGUAAUAUCUUAAAGGAUAUGUAUUGCAGUUUCAAAUUAUAUUUUGUCUUCUGUAGCAGCUGUUAAUAGAAAGCUUAUCGUUUUAACACACGUAUAUACCAUUUAUUUAAAUAUUCGGUAACUUGCGUAUUAUUGCAACCACAUUCAGGCGAAGCGGUUCAUUUCCAAGCCAUUGUUCUGACGAAAAAUGUUACAUAUAACUCAUUAUUUUUUAAAGAGAUUCACAUAUAAAUGUUACAAUCAGUUUUGAUCAGUCCAUUAUUGGCCACCUAUACUGAUUCCCAAAUAUGGGUAUCUGUACAGCAUGCUGCCUGCGGAAAAGUAACAACUCUUUCGUAUGAACUUCAAAAGUCAAACCGUGACAUUGAAGGUGUUUUUCUUGCUAAGAUUUACAUUCCAGGCACUGUAGUGCAGUCUCCACAUUAGCUACGGUGAAUACAUUACAAGUGUCCGUUAGCGGCAUCCUCAGAGACAACUGUAUUAUCAAACAGAGGGUUCCCAAUAACAGUAAGUACGUUAGUGAAGCGAUUCUGUACAGGAGUGUCAGGAAAUAACAGCAGAUAAUAGUGCAAUUUACGUGCAUUACACAUCAUGUAAACCUAUUUCCUUGGAACAGUUAGUUAUUUUUGGACAAUUCUUUCUUCUUUGGAAAUAUAAGAUUCCUGUGUAAAAAGCUAACGGAGCUUUAAAAAACAACUGGGGCUAUUAAACUCAAGUCACUGAAGAACAAAUGGCACUUACGUAUUGCUUCGCCUUUUCGGAAUGUGGUUGCGAUAAUACGUAAAUACCAAAUAUUCUUAUUUUUUAAAUAAUUUGUAUUAACAGUGGAAACAUUAA